UCGGCAAAAUUUGUUUUCUACGGAUUUUUGCUUUAUUGAUUGGCCUUUUAACAUUUUGAACGGUUUCGAGAAACUAAUAGUUAUGGUUCAUAUUACUUAAAAUUCAAUGAUGCGUGCUCAUGUCGCUGAAACGCUCAGAAAAAAAUGUUGUCCGUCUAAAUUUUUAAACCGAGCAAUAAUUCAUCAAAACAAGUUGUGCAAUACGUCUUAGGCGCAUCAAUAAAAGUCAUAAACCACCUCGACAUUUGCGCCAAAAUGGAUAUUAAGAAUGUUCGAUCGAUGGCACUGUCAGAGGUUUACUAAUGAUAAUGGCACGUUGCUCAAUUCAGGAGGGUGGUGUCCCUUUAGUCGCCUGACGGCCAACUUUUGUCUAUUCUUUGCUAUUCACACCGUCAAAAUGGACCUUCCACAGCACCGGAGCCGAGGAAAUGUUGGCUUUUCGGAGCAGACCGACGCCUACUUGCGCAGAAUUUUAAUGGAUCGCGUCUACGAAAAUGAUGACGUCCUCUUCACAAAAACUUUCAAACCACCAAAAGAAGGAGACAACAUUUCUUCGGGACUUAAAGCGCCUCAAGAAACUUUUUACAAGGACGACAUUCCUUCCUUGACAGAAGCCAACCGACCCUUUUACACUUUGCUACGUGCGCUGGGUUGCGUACCAUACAGCUUAAAUGCCAGGGGCGACGUAAAUGCGAACAAACUGAUCGUGGUCUACUCAAUUGCUUUCUACAGCUUAAUCGUGUACAUCGUUUAUCAGGAAGUUCCGGCUAGACUCAACUUUUCAGGCCUGGACACAGCGGUCGACAAUGCGAGGACGCUUUUUAGCUACGCAAAAGUCGCUCUCGUCCCAUUUAUCAUCUGGCUCCCGUUUCGUCGUGUCAGCAAGUUUUUCAAAGCAACUUUUAAGUUUCACUCCAAUUAUUAUCGAAUGACGGGCGAAGUAAUUGUUCUGGAGUGGGAAAAAAUUACACCAUACAUAGCGGUUGGAAUUCCAGUUUUCAGUGCGUGCAUUGCUCUGUAUUCGUACCUGAGCUUGCAUCAUGUCAUUCGCAUGAAUAUUCUGACUGGCUUCCUCAUCUGGUCGACCUAUACCGUGACUAUAGGCAUGGAUUUUAUGUGGUGCACACCGCUCAUGGUUUUGGGCAAAACGGCUGAGGUUCUCAUCACCACCCUGAAAAAAAAAUUUGCCACCGUGGAAAAAGACUCGGCAAUGCAGGAAUAUCUGGUGCGCGAAUACCGCGCCCUGUGGCUUGACCUUUCGAAGGCACUGCAGUGCAACAACGACGUCAGCACCAUGACCUUCACUUACCACGCCCUCCACGUGUUUCUGAUGCUCACGAUGAAUCUGUACGGCCUGCUGAAUGGACUGCGACUGCCCUGGUCAACCGAUCAAAAUUUGAGACUCAUCGGCACAAUCGUGUACUUAGUGGAGCUUUGGUUGAUGGCCAAUGCAGCCCACUACUGCACCACCAAGUUUGAAGACAUCCAGUGGGAUCCGUUCUUCCUAAUCCCGUCCAUUGACACUCCGGAGGCAGUGCGACGAGAGAUGUCCACUUUUUUGGACGUGGCCGUGGCCGCGCCGCAUGUCGUUGACAUCGGCGGCUUCGUCUGCAUCAAUCGCAGUUGGCUGACCAAUAUGCUGGGCAAUUUGCUGAGCAGUCUGAUCAUCUUGCUUCAGUUCAGGGUGCAGCAGAGCGACGAACCAGCUGUUACGACGACAACCGCUGGACAAGUCGAUAACACGACGGCUUCGACCGUUGCACCUAGUGCAUCGAAUUAAUAAGAGAGAAAGUUGCCGAAUUGAUGAUUCCAGUUUUAAAUCAAAAAGCUAAUACCCUAGGCUGGGUUAAAUUACUUUCACAUCAGGCACUUAAUUUAACAUUUUUUUUGCCAGUUGGGUUGGGGCUUGAAUACGGUAUUUUCUAUAAUAUUUUCGCGCCGGAGCUGGUUACAUAUCAUGUGCUUUUCAGAAAGAUAUAUAUACAGGGUCACUUUUCAUAACAAGUUCGGCCUCCUAAAUAUGAAUGUAAUUUUGGCUGAACUUUAAAUUAUCUUUUUAAAAUACUUUUUAGAGUAAGAAUCACUAAUAUCCCCUGAUUUAAAAAAUAGUGUUAAAAGGGGCCAGUAAACUUUUGUUUGGGUUCCAAACGAGUUUAAAGCGGAUCUGUAUGGAUUAAUUACUGCUUAUUUGUUUGUUGAAAAUUGGUGAAUGUCCACUCAAUACGUUUUUAUUCAAUAUUCGUUACUUCCUAUCCUUUUUUUCUAGUUUUUGACUUAAUAAAGUUUAGCGUCAGUUCAAAAGAAAUAUUGAACAUCUUUUUCAAGCACAAACUGGUGUGGAAACAUUUUUUUACCUCCAAUAUCGGUGUUUGCGAAAUUUUAACAUUUUUGAAAUGGAUAUUUCGACCCUCCGAAGUAUGAUUUAGGUUUUUUUUGAAAAUCAUCUUAUGUGCCAAUUUGUUCUUCAUACAUAUUAACAUAAAAAAAUUAGGCAAAACUCGCUGUUUAUAAUCCCAGCCCACUACUGACGUGACUUUUUUUAUUGACAUUUUUUCUAGCAUGAUAUGACGACUUUUGUAUGGGAUUAAAAACCGGACAUGAAUAACCAGCAUUCCAUCAAGGAUUAAUAAAACACACGAGAAUACAUAAAUCAGAUCAUGUUUCAGCUCUCUCUCUCUCUCUCUCUCUCUCUCUCUCUCUCUCUCUCUCUCUCUCUCUCUCUCUCUCUCUCUCUCUCUCUCUCUCUCUCUCUCUCUCUCUCUCUCUCUCUCUCUCUCUCUCUCUCUCUCUCUCUCUCUCUCUCUCUCUCUCACACACACACGCACGACUUAAUGAACAGUGUCGUCGCAUAAAUCUUAUUAUGCUAAUUUAUUGCCAGCGAUUUAUUUUUUUUGUUGAAAACGCAUUUUGACGCAGAAGCAAGAAAAUAAGGUGUUACCAUUGCCAAUAGUCUCCGUUUCAUUACUUCUCUGUUAAUAUGCCGAAAACUGGUUUCCAAAAAUAAAAGUGAAAUCUUGUCUG